GCACUGCUUCAAGGCUGAGAGUUUCAAAGAAAUAACCAUGGCUGAGUACAAGCUAGAGGUGACAACGGGUGACAUGAAACAUGCAGGGACAAUGGACAAUAUAUACAUCAUCCUAUUUGGAACUGAAGGGCAGAGUGAUCGAACAAAGUUGGACAAUCCAGGCAUUGACUUUAAAUCUGGAAAGGCAAGGGCCUACACCAUAAAAACUAAUUUGUCACUGGGGAAACUUCUUCUGGUCAAGGUUGAGAAAGAUCCCUUUCUUCGUCUCUCAGAAGAUGAGUGGUACUGCUCCAAAAUACUGGUGACAACUCCAGAAGGAGAAGUCAUUCUUUUCCCCUGUUACAGAUGGAUUGCCAAGGGAACACUGGUGGAGCGCAGAGGAGGGCGAGCUGUGAAGGUUUUUGAGGAGGACCAUCCUCUGCUGAUUGACCAGCGGAGAAAUGAGCUAACUGAUAAAAAGAAAUUGUACCAAUGGGAGAUCACUGAUGAAAAGCUACCACACAACAGUCAUUACAAAGAUGUCUCUGAGUUCCCAGCUGAACAGCGCUUCUCUAUGGCCAAAUCAAGUGAAAUAUUUCAUACCAAAAGGAUGAUUGGUGCUGAAUUGAUGUUCAAGGGACUUGCUGGAUCUACUAAACAAUGGAAAAGCACAGAUGAUAUGAAAAACACCUUCUGGUUCAAAAAGACUCCAAUAUCAGUGUAUGUUAUGCAACACUGGAAGGAAGAUGACUUCUUUGGAUUCCAGUUCCUGAAUGCUAUAAACCCGAAUGGAAUCAAGCGCUGCUCCGAACUUCCCCCAAACUUUCCAGUUACAGAGGAGAUGGUGAAGCAAUUCCUGAGAGAUGGAAGCUCACUGAAGCAGGAAAUGGAGAGAGGAAAUAUCUUCAUCUGUGACCAGAAGAUCAUGGAUGGAAUACCCACAAGGAUAUAUGAUGGUCAGCCUUUACACAUGACUGCUGGCUUGUGUUUGUUUUACAUGAACCCGGAGAACAAACUGAUGCCGAUUGCAAUACAGUUGCAUCAACAGCCGUCUGAGCAGAACCCCAUCUUUCUGCCCAGUGACCCAGAGGCGGACUGGCUGCUAGCCAAGCUGUUUAUUAAAAGCGGAGAUCUAAUGGAACAUCAAGCAGUCUAUCACCUCUUGGGCACUCACUAUCUGGCAGAGGUCUUUGCUAUUGCUACUUUCCGCAGCUUCCCUGUGAUUCAUCCACUCUACAAGCUGCUGAUCUCACACUUUCGUUACACUCUGCACAUAAACAAUGGAGCCCGCAACACCCUUUUGGCACCUGAUGGGCCUUUGAGCACUAGUUCACUUGGAUAUGAGGGGAUAAUAGAGCUCAUGAGAAGGGGUCUCUCUAGAAUGACUUACAGCUCCCUCUGCCUGCCAGAGAACAUCACUGCACGAGGACUGGAGUCAAUCCCCAACUUCUACUACAGAGAUGAUGGUCUGAAGCUGUGGAACAUCAUCAACAGCUUUGUGAAGUAUCUAGUGGAGUACUAUUAUCCAUCAGACAGUGAUGUGUGCAAGGACACUGAGCUGCAGGAAUGGAUCAAUGAGAUAUAUACACAUGGCUUCUUAGGAAACAAACUCUCUGGGUUUCCAGCAUGCUUUAAUACAGUUGAAGAAGUGAUAAAGUUCAUCACGAUGGUGAUCUUCACAGUGUCAGUUCAACAUGCUGCAGUCAAUAACGGACAGUUUGACUACAGUUCCUGGGUGCCCAGCGGCUCACUCCUGCUUCGCAAACCUGCUCCAACCACAAAGGGGCAGUCAAGCAUGAAGACAAUAUUGGAGACCCUUCCAAAUAUUGGGGAGACAGUAAAGUUUGCAGGAAUGCUUUGGCUGCUUUCGGACAAGUACACAGACGUGGUUCUGCUGGGUCAGUACCCUGAAGAACAAUUCGAUGAGCCUGCCCCAAAGCAAAUGAUUAAAGAAUUUCAGGCGGAGCUUUCUUACCUCAGUCAAGAAAUUACAGCAAGAAAUUCUCAGCUUGAAGUACCCUACACAUAUCUGAACCCGACUGAAAUAGAGAGCAGUAUAACCAUUUAA